GGGAGGAGGAUGGAGGGCUGAGGGCAGAAGACUGAGGUCAGAAGUCUGAGGGCAGAAGGGUGAGGGUGGAGUUCGUAUUACUGACGGCUGAGAAGGGAGGGUAGACGACGGAGGUGUAACUGCAGAUUUGGACGAUGAGUGACAGUAAAAGAAACCGAUGCACCAUUCCGAAGGUAUAGGACAUCGCAUGCAAGACAGUCCUUAGCACUACUGCCCUUUUCCCUGGGAGAACCCAUGGAAGGAAAGAAAAGUACAAGUGAUAAAAAAGAAAAACUGGCAGAUCAGAUCAUGCAGAACCCCCAGGUCUUAGCUGCCCUUCAAGAAAGGCUCGACAGUGUCUCACAGACUCCUUCCAGUUACAUUGAAACGUUACCUAAAGCAGUGAAAAGGAGAAUUAAUGCCUUGAAACAGCUCCAAGCAAAGUGUGCUCAUAUAGAAGCCAAAUUCUACGAGGAGGUCCAUGAACUGGAGAGAAAAUAUGCAGCCCUUUAUCAGCCUCUCUUUGACAAGAGAACACUCAUUGUCACUGGGGAAGUGGAGCCUUCAGACACUGAAUGUGAGUGGCAUAGUGAUGCUGAGGAAGAGGACAAACUAUCCGCAGAUUUGCAAAAGAAAGCGACCUUAUCAGAAAAAGAAGCAUCAGAUGUGGAUAAAUCCAAGGGGAUCCCUGACUUCUGGCUAACCAUCUUUAGGAACGUAGAUAUGAUAAAUAUUUUGCUACAGGAAUACGAUGAGCCGAUAUUAAAGCACUUGCAAGACAUUAAAGUACAAUUCUCUGGCCCCAGUCAACAAAUGUCUUUUACAUUAGAGUUUCAUUUUGGGCCUAACGAAUAUUUUACUAACUCUGUGCUGACGAAAACCUACAAGAUGAAGUCAGAACCCGACUCAGCAGACCCAUUCUCGUUUGAAGGUCCUGAAAUCGUUGAUUGCGAGGGCUGCACCAUUGACUGGAAAAAGGGCAAGAAUGUUACUGUGAAAACCAUCAAGAAAAAGCAGAAGCACAAGGGGCGUGGGACAGUUCGGACUAUAACCAAACAUGUGCCAAACGAUUCCUUCUUUAACUUCUUUAGCCCUGUGAAAGUGUCUGGGGACAGCGAAGAAAUGGAUGAAGAUACAGAAAAUUCUUUAGCCGCUGAUUUUGAACUUGGACACUUCUUCCGGGAAAGGGUGGUCCCCCGAGCUGUUCUGUAUUUCACGGGUGAAGCUAUUGAAGAUGAAGAUAGCUUUGAAGAGGGAGAGGAAGGAGAAGAGGAGGAAAUGGAAGGUGAAGAGGAGGGAGAGGAUGAAGAGGAGGAGUCUGGAAAUAAUAAGAAAGAACCGCCCCAGCCUGCUGAAUGCAAACAGCAAUGAUGCAAGAACCUUGAAUGUGUGGGCCUGAUGGAAAAGAGGAGGUCUCUUUCCAAUUCUUUACCUAAAGUGCUGCUGAGCGUGGUACAGACACAAGUGUGCCCUCCCAGUUGUACCCCAACACUCCGCAUUAGUGCCAAGCUGGAUGGGCCUGGCAAUCUCUGCAUUAGGAACAGGCAGCCUUGGGCAUAUGAGUUGUGAGAGUUGUAGUUUUGCAUGAGCUUGCCUGCCCAAGGUCCCCUCUCCCUGGUGUCCCAAACAGAAGCCAGCUCCUCUAGCAGGCAGAACCCCCUUGCAUGGUGUUGUUAUGGCAACUUUCAGUUGGUAAGGCUCAAGAUGUUUUGUUUUUGCUUCACUUUUAGCUUUGUUUAAAAAAUAAUGUUAACUAAGAACUGUUUGAAAAGGCAAGUUAUAUGUAAGCACAGUCUGGCCUAAUUUUACUUAUAUUUAUGGUUUUCUCUUCAUUUAGAAUGUUCUUUCUGCCCUAAAAUUUCCACUCAAUAUGUGCCUACCAGAAGGGACAAUAUACCCACGUGGAAGCAAAUACACACAGUUCAUUAAAGGGGCGACUCUUAACCUGUAUUCAACAUGAGCCAAAUAAAUGCCACUUGUGUUGAAGAUUUAUAAUGCCAAAAAUAUAUCUAAAUUUUCCUAUUUUCUUUCUAAUAUAAAGCACUUCUUAAAAUGUGUAUUGUUUCCCCCUAAACUAGCUCCUCUUACCUUGCAAUAUAUUCAACUGAAGAUAAUGAGCUCUUUUAAAAACAAACCCUUAACCUACAUUUUUUUUGAUAGGCUUUGAGAUUAGGAGCGGCUCAUUAUACCUAGGGGGUAUUCACAAAAGUGGAGGAAGCAUUUUUUGGUGUUAAAAGCAGUGUAAAGACAAUCUCCUUAUACACAUACAGAAAUCCGCCAAAAUACUGACUUUUUAUGGGGUUUUUUUUUUAUAAAACAACAUUUUAACACCUAAAAGUGGGUUAACUGGAGACUGAAGGAAACAAUGCAGAGCUCACACAGGGGGAAGAGUUACACUGAAUGUUACUUCAUUUAAAAAAUGUUGGGAGAAAAUGUCAUUAAAAAUUACAUUUUCUUCUCAGUUUUGCAGUUAACAAACAAAUUCACAAAAGUGUCUGUAACUGUUCCUAAUUACACCAGAAUAUAAAAAGUGUUGGUUGAAUCGUUAUUUUGGCAGAUUUGUUUGCCAAUACGGAGAUUAUAUUUACACCAAUUUUAACACCACUUUUACAUCAAAACUCUGCUUCCUCCACUUUUAUAACCCCCCCCCUUUGAGUUGUAUCUGAAUACACUUAAACAAUACACCACAGGUGUCUAUGUUUAAUGACAUCCCAAUAACUUAGGUCCCUCCUACUUGUCACUGAGAAAUAGGGGAUAAACUAAGUUUCAAUCUUUACCCAGAACAAUCAGGGUUUACCACCCCUUUCAUUGUCUGUGAUGCCUGUGCUCUAAAUUAUAAUACAUAUGGUAAUAUUUAUGUGACAAAUUUAAACAAAUUUAAACAAAAAUGCCCAUAUUUAAUUUAUAUAUUAUCCCUUUAAGGCACUGUUUUUUUUCCUUUAAGACUCAUAUUUAUUUUUACAACUGUGCUGAAAUGCUGGGCUAUUUAUUGUCACUGUCCCCACUCUCUUACGUGCACUUAGGGUGUUAAUAAAGAAAUAUCUGGUCAA